GUUGUGUGCUUCAAUGGAACACAGGCGGUUUUGCGAUGUUCAUGUUUAAUGUAAGUUGUUUAUUUAAAUGUAAACUACCCAUUGCAAAAGUGUGACUCUUGUUAUAACAAUUAUUUAACAGUAUGCAUGUCGCGUUUACUCAAGUGAAUUGAAAUAAGCCAAUCGGCGUUUGCAAUCAUGUUAUUAAUUUACCUAUGCAUAACAUGUCGAUUAAUUUGGUAAGCAUCGCUGGUGGGAUUUCAAUAUGUGCGUUGUUUCGAACGUUUUUACUACUUAUGUACGAGUGUAGAUUAAUUCCUCCUUGAAUACAGCCUGUUGCUCUUUGAAGGACUAGAUUUAAUUGUUGCCGAUACAUGGGAAAAUGUUCGUUCCCGUUUAUGGUUUCAACUAAAUUUACCGCAUUUUGACAUUUUGUAUUUGCUUCAAAGACAAACUGCAAUAUCAGCUGAUAUACUUGUUAAUAUCAGAUGAAGGUGCUAUACCCUUGACCACCACGAGUGCAUCUGCCCGAGUUGAUGACGGAAGUCAGCAAAACAAAGAAACCGAACGUGAAGACCUCGGCCGCUGACAAAAAAGACGACCAACACGUUUAUGAUGAGCUUGACAAAACAGCAUUAUCCCGGCACUCUACAGAGUACGUGGACAUUAACUUCAAAGAAACCGAGGAGCUGACCAAGAAAACUUCAGAUGAAGGUGUUAUACCCUUGAACACUACGAGUGCAUCUGCCACAGUUCAUGCUGAAGUCAGCAAUUCAAAGAGACCGAACGCGAAGACCUCGGCCGCUAACAAAAAAGAAGACCAACACGUUUAUGUUGCGCUCGAAAAAACAGCAUUAUCCCAGCCCUCAACAGAGUACAUGACCAUUAACGUCACAGAAACUGAGGAGCUGACCAAGAAAGCUACAGGUCAGGAGGUGCAGAAGAUGGACGCUGAUGAUAAAACAUAUUAUGUGAACAGUGGUGAAGUCAAGUAACGUGCAUAAGUCUUAUUGUGCACACUUUGUGAAUACAGAAUUAUAGAUAUUUGACAACUUAACAAAACUUAAGUCUCUGAAAUCAAUUAUACAUAUCGUUUUUUUGUUGUUUAUAUAAUUUGAUAAUUAUAUUUUCUCCGGAGAGUUGUCUUGUCUUAGGGCCAUUGAGCAGAGUAGGGCCAAAAUUCGACAUAUGUUCUUAUAAAACAUACUGCAAUAGAAUAGACAACUAUACCUGGGUCGUUAUAGAAAUGUCUAACUAUUCUCAUAUUUUAUAUAUUUAGAUAUUAUUGUUCACUGUAAUAGCUUCUUUUUUACAGUGAUAUAUGAACGACGCUACGUGUAUAUGUAAAUGGAAAAUCAUACCUUUUGAAAAUAUUUUAUUUUACUCUAAUAAAAAUAGCUAUACUCAGUAAUAUUUUGAAACGUGAACACAAGAUGGAAAAAACGAUAAUGUUCCUGAGAUCUGUACUUAACACAAUACACCCGCAACGACAUUUAGUGUUUCAGACUUUCUUAAGCGUGUUAAUAUGUUGCGCGGACUGAAUCUCACCCUUUUUUAACCACCUCGCGAUCACCUGCCAUGUUUAAUGUUAAAACUGUGAAAGACGUCUUUCAAUUAACGGAUAAAACAAUGAACACAUGUUUUAAUAUUUAGUUUUACAUCUUCAAAAAAUUGAAAACAAAACCUUGUUAGUAUAUACAGCAUAUAUGAUUGUUUUUAAUGGCGUGUUCGUUCCUUUUUUUAUUUUAUAAUUAAGUAUGUUUUUAUGUAUUUGUUGUUAUUGUGGUGUUUAUAUGCAAAUGUAUCAUGAUACUUUUAAUGGCAUGCGUACUACUAGUAGGAUAUCACUGUCUAUGUCCUUAUUUACAAACAAUGUUUUUCAUAGCUUUAUAUUUGUACAACUUGUUUCAGUAUUUUGCUUUUCGUGUUAUUUACAUGUUAUAAACAUGUUACAACUUUAA